AUGCCUCGCCCAAAGCGCGCCGUCAUGGAGACGAUCGAGGCUACCAUUACCCCGCCCGACACCCUCCCCGAAUCGCACCACAUCGCCCGUGUCAUCAAGGCAGAAGGCAAGAACCUCUAUAGCGCCCAGCUACCAGACGGCAAAGAGGUUCUUGCCGAGCUUGAGCCCAAGUUUCGGUCUACUGUGUGGAUCAGGCGUGGUGGCUUCGUGGUGGUCGACAUGUCCGCCAUGGCCGACCGGAACAACAAGCUGGAUGGGGAGAUUGUCAAUGUGGUCAGAGAGGAAAAGGAGUGGAGGAAGAUGCCCUAUUGGUACGCCGAUGUUAUAAUCUAG